AUGCCUUCAGUUGCAGGACACCGCACAAAGCGGGUAAAGGAGGCAAGAGACGAGGCCAAGAAAGAGAUCGAGGCGUAUAGGAAACAGAAGGAUAAUGAGUUCAGGAAGUUCGAGUCCGAGCAUACGAGCGGCAACAAGAAGGCCGAAGAAGAUGCGGAUAAGGAUGCCGAGAUGAAAAUAAAAGAUAUCAAGACAGCAGGAAAGAAAGGACGAGAUCAAGUUAUCAAAGACCUGCUGCAAGCUGUCUUUGACAUUAAGCCUGUGGCCCCGGAGCGCAUUGAGGUGCCGAAAUAA